GAGAGACAGAUUUUCCGCCGAGUUGGGCCUCUCUUCCCUACAGUCAUUGCCGGGCGGAGACGAAGGAAGGAAGUAGUAAUUUAAAUGCAUGGCGAAUAGUUUGGUGACAGAAUGUCGUUUGGAUGGUUGAUCAUAUUUAAUUAAUUUGAUCGCACACGCUAAUAACUUCACCCACCGUGUUUGUGGCAGCUAGCUAGUGUGUCAGAAGUAGCUACCAGCCAAGUUAGCCCACAGACUGCAGCAACACAGUGGACUGAUCGGGGCUGAUAGCUCAGCCAGCCAGCCAGCCAGAAGUGAGGACAGCUCGGCUCUUUCAGAUAUCGUGUCAUGGAGGACCCAUUUGACAGUGAGCGAGCGUCCCUGCCCAGGAACAUGAUAGAGAACAGUAUGUUUGAGGAGGAACCUGACGUGGUGGACCUGGAUAAAGACUCUACAGCCUUCCCGGCGUUGGAACCAGAUGAGGUGGUGUACGAGCCCCGUAGCUCCCGUCUGCUGGUGCGAGGUCUGGGAGAGAACGACCUGGACGAUGAGGAGGAGGACUAUGAGUCGUCAGCCCGCCUACUGGGCAUGUCAUUCAUGAACAGAAGCUCCACCCACAAUCCUAGCUCCUCCCCUUACAACAGACAGGCUCCACCCAGGUCAUGUUCCUGCUCCUCGGCUCGUAUGCUGGUGGUGGGCGUGUUCAUCUUGGUACUGGUCGCGUCCAUGGCGAUGGCUCUCUACUUCCUGCCUGGCUGUACCUUCACUAAGGCUGGCUGUGGUAAGGCUAACUCCUCCACUCCUAUGGAGCCAUCCUAUCCUAACAGCACCAAUGGGGAGCUGUUUCCCUGGAAUGAGCUCCGACUCCCAGCCAGUGUACGGCCUGUGAACUAUGACCUCUCCUUGACCCCUAACCUGACUUCCAUGACCUUCACUGGCCGCACUGUCAUCAACAUGACAAUACUACACGACACCAAGCGCAUAGUUCUGCACAGCUCUGAACUCAAUAUCACCAAGGCAACCUUCCAGGUUGGAGAGGAUAAGAGUGUUGAGGUGAAGGUGUUGGAGUAUAAACCAUGGCAGCAGAUAGCUGUCAGCUUCCCAGAGGAUCUGAAGGUAGGCCAGGUGUGUGUGUUAACGUUGGACUACGCAGCCAACCUCUCACACACCUAUGACGGCUUCUACAACAGCUCCUACAACGACAAGACUGGAGCCAAGAGGGUCCUAGCUGCCACCCAGUUUGAGCCCCAGGCAGCCAGGAAGGCCUUCCCCUGUUUUGACGAGCCGGCUUUUAAAGCCACUUUCCUGGUCAGGAUCACAAGGGAGCCUGGAUACAUCACUCUGUCCAACAUGCCCCAGGCUAAGACGACUACAUUACCCAGCGGCCUAUUGGAGGAUGAGUUUGAGCAGACUGGCGUUAAUAUGAGCACCUACCUGGUGGCCUUCAUCGUAGCCAACUUCACCAGCAUUACUAGAAACGUCUCCAAUACACUGGUGUCAGUGUACUCUGUGCCAGAGAAGAAGGAACACACACACUAUGCUCUGGACACAGCCUCCACACUGCUGCACUUCUACAACACCUUCUUUCACAUCGACUACCCUCUGAGGAAACUAGACCUGGUUGCUAUCCCAGACUUUCUGGCGGGGGCGAUGGAGAACUGGGGUCUGAUCACCUUUAGAGAGACCAGCCUGCUGGUGGGAAACCAGUCCUCUCCUCUCGACAAACAACUCAUCGCUAACGUCGUAGCCCACGAGCUCGCUCACCAGUGGUUUGGGAACCUGGUGACGAUGCGUUGGUGGAAUGACCUGUGGCUGAACGAAGGCUUCGCCACCUACUGGCAGUACACGUCCCUAAUGACAGAGUUCCCACAGCUGGACCUAGACAAUGUGUUCCUGGGGGUGCGCUUUAAGGCCAUGGCCAAAGAUUGUUUAAAUUCCUCCCACCCAGUGUCAGUGUCGUCCCAGGUGACCACACCUGAGCAGGUGUCUGAGAUGUUUGACUCUGUCACCUAUGAGAAGGGUGCUUCCCUCCUGCUGAUGUUGAAAACCACUCUGCCAGAUGGUCAGUUCAGGAAAGGACUCAUAAAAUACCUGGAUAACUACAGAGGAUCUAACACUGUUACUGAAGAUCUCUGGAACAGUCUCACCCAGGCCCAGGUGCUUCCCCAGCAGGAGAGUGUGUCAGACAUGAUGAGAACAUGGACGCUGCAAAACGGCUUCCCAUUAGUCACCGUCAGCCGCAUGGGUGGUCACGUGACGCUCACGCAGGAACACUUCCUGCUCUCCGCAGACAACGCCACACACACCUCUAACCUGUGGCAUAUCCCCGUGACGUAUGUGAAUGACAGCUGUAGCUCUGCCCCUUCCUGCAGACAGAUCUUCACGCUGAGAAAUAAGACAGCGACUCUGAAUGUGUCGGACAGUGUGAAGUGGCUGAAGUUCAACUACAUGAACACGGGCUUCUAUAUAGUUCACUAUGGAGACGAGGGCUGGGCCACUCUCAUAGAUGCUCUUAAGACUGAUAUCAACACACUCACACCCCACGACCGCGCUUCACUCAUACACAACAUCUUUGCCCUGUCCAGACUGGGUCGUGUGUCCUUCCGUCAAGUUUUAAAUCUGUUGGACUAUGCCACCAGUGAGACUGAGACUGCUCCUCUGACAGAGGCCCUGUCACAGCUCAGCUCUGUCUACAGACUACUGGACAAGAGACAGGAGCAAAGACUGGUGGCCCGCAUGAAGGUGUACAUUUGGGGUCAUUUUGGCCAGCUGAUGGACAGUCAGGACUGGGGAGAGGAGGAGAGUGUGUCCAGACAGGAGCUGAGGUCAGUCCUGCUAGAGAUGGCCUGUAGUCUGGGACGGCAGAACUGUACUGACCAGGCCACGGCCCUCUACGACCAGUGGACCAACUCCAACCAAACCAAACAGAUCCCAGGUGAUUUGCAGCGAGUGGUGUUCUCUACAGCGGCCCAGUCUGACCUCAGAUGGCUUUCUCUCAUGGAGGCAUACAGUUCCACCACAUAUGACUCUGAGAAACGCAAGAUACUGCAGGCCCUGGCCUCCACACAGGACCCACAAAGCAUCGUAUGGAUUCUGAGCACGGGGCUCGAGGGAGGGAUUAUCCAGACCCAGGAGCUGCCAUUGGUCAUCAGCACCAUGAGUGACGGCUUCGCUGGCCACUUGCUCGUCUGGGAAUUUGUCAAAGAGAACUGGGACAGGAUCAUAGAGAAAUUCCCAGUGGGGUCCUAUCCCAUCCAAAGCAUAAUCAAGUCCACCACCUCCCAGUUCUCCACUCAGACACACCUGGAGGAGGUCCAGCGUUUCUUCUCCAGUCUGAAGGAGCGGGGGUCUCAGAUGCGUAGCGUCCAGGAGGCUUUAGAGACCAUCAGACUGAACCAGCUCUGGAUGGACAGGAACCUCCCAACACUCAGAAUAUGGCUCUAACAUGGCCGCUUGGCAACUGUCGCUCCCGGCAACCUGCUCCGAGGGCCAUGUUGCCAUGGCAACAGCAGUGUUUGCACUAUAGUAGGGCUUGUGUCUCAAAUGACAUCAUAUUCCCCAUAUAGUGGCUACUUUAUUUUUUCACUAUGAUCAAGAGUAGUUCACUAUAUAGGGAACAGGGUGUCCUAUGAGUUGUAGUAGCCAGCUCAGGGUUGCUCUAGAGAUUGUGUAUCUGACCCCGUAUCAAUCAGACUCUAACUCCUCUCUUUCUCUAUGCUGUCGACCAAACCUUCACACCGCUUUCAUCACAACAGCAUGCCUGGACACACAAACUCAACGUGCUUCACAUUGUAUGGAGGCAACUCACCCAUUCCACCACCCCCUAGUGCUGUAGCAUCCACCUGAGAAAGGACAAGGAAUACAGGAAGAGAACAUGCUGUGUAAUCAGCGCUGGCAACAUGUCAUCAGUAUGUGUCACCUGUGAAACUCAUGGCUCAGUGACUAAUUGUGCUCUCUCAGGCCCUGGCCCCGACUCCAGCCUCCACAUGAAUGUCCUACUGUCUGGGGGAGGAGGGGGAGAAUGUCUGUUGAAGGCCAGAGUAAGGCUACAGAGCUGACACACAAUACAAAGGGGUUAGGUGACCGUGUACAGUAGACACGCUCAGCAGGCUACAGCCAGAACGUGUAUAUGUUGAAGGAAAAUACCUUACUGUUUAGAUCAGUGGUGUCCCCCCAAAAAUGUGGGACUAAAAAUAACUCAAACCAAAUUGAAACUGUAAAAAUGCUAAUGGCGCUAUAUUUAUAGCGUUUAUUGACUGUCCAGCUCACUAAUAAUAACUUAAAUGAAAACUAGACAGUCGGGGAGCAUCGAAAAUUCUCAAAAUGAUGGAUAGAGGACCAUUUUUUGGGGCAGAUUUUGGCACUUUUUAGAUAUUUGUUUUUAAAGAGCGAAUGCGGCCCUCAGGGUAAAAUGAGUUUGAGACACCUGGUUUAAAUGCUCCCAAAGUGAACUCUACCACUUUUCUACCACUGUCGGUCUGUUAGUUAGACCUCAAGAAGUGUUUUGGUCUGUUGGUAUAAACCAGGGGACAACGUUUGGUUUGGCCCGCAAGGACCACUAGGGGGCCCCCGACUGACUUCCUUUUUUAGGAAGUCAGUCGGGUUCACAACUUACUGUUACGAGAUACCAUAGUAGAAUACAUAACGUGUCAUUUCAAAAUGUGGUAGUGCCUCAGCAGUUUUCCUCUUGUUAUGUCAGUCACUGACAGUCAAUCAACUAGCCCGUGUCAGCUAACAUCGAUUGCUAGGUAAGUUAGUCUAGCCAGCUAUCUAAACCUUGUAGUAAUCAUAGCCGAAUUACUGACUGGGCAUCCAAGGCACAUGCCCAGGGGCCCUGACCUCCAGGGGCCCCUCGUUUCAUUUUGUUAUUCACUCUCACGGAUAUCAUAGGAACAUGGCAUAAGCCAUAGCAAACUAUGUAGAACUGCAGGGAAUUAGCAUUAAAUGUGGCAAAAUGUCUCACCAUCCCAUGGAAAAAUGUGUACAAUCACAUGAAAUUAGUCAUGUUGAAUUGCUGAAAAUCUGCUUUAAAAUACUGGCAAUCAGAAUGUGUUGUUAGGUGUCAAGUUAUACGGCUACGAUUUGAUUCCUGUUUCAAGACCCUAAAAAGCUAUUGUUUACCUUUUUUUAUAUUUCUAAAUAAAUGAUUUAUUUUAAUGGGCUGCAGCUCAUCACUCAGAUGAUGUUUUGGUACACCAAGCCCAAGAGUUUGAGCCCCCCUGGUGUAAACGGUGGAUGAGCUAAACACCCCGGCACUUCUGACGUAACUUUCAUUGUUAUAUUUUGACAGUUAUUUUGACAGUCAUACAUUCAUGUUUAUCUAACAAUAUAACAAUAUUCAGAUUGAAGGAGUAUAGUUAAGACCGCUUUCUGCUUUUCCUUUGCGUGCAGAUUUUUCUUUAGUUUUUGAUGUUUGGUUUUGAUUGUAUAUAUGGUGUGUAGUGUGAUGUCUCAGACGUAUGAGUCCUGGUCAAAUGCUUUUAAUGGUUUUGUUUUUACUAAAGAACAAAGUGUACUGAUGAAUGUGAGGUCACUUCAAGGGCUCAGGAUCUUGUAUGAAACACAGCUAACUGUAGAUCCAUAUUAGGGUUGGGUGGCUGCACCAUGGUUCUUUUCAAUUUAAGUGGUGGUAAUAAUGAAAUCAACAACUUCUUUAAAUUAUAAUGUACGUUUUUAAAGUACAGGGUUGCCUGAUUGUUUCUGUCUUUUCCAUUUAAGGAGUUUAGUGAGUGACCUAACAGUGUUGCAUCUGUAGACCUGGGUAGUGCAGUUUUAGCUGUGUCUGUAGUCCAACAGUCUUCUGUCGUUGGUUAGCCUGGCUUAGUGGGCUAGGUUACAUUUGUCUCACUAUGUGUGAGCUCUAUGGUACUCCGUUGUCUAUUGUAGCCCUGUUGUUUUCCACUCUGUGUGGAAGAUGAUUGUAUCAGCCUCCCGGCUGACUCUGGGUAGAAGAUGAUUGUAUCAGCCUCCCGUCUGACUCUGGGUAGAAGAUGAUUGUAUCAGCCUCCCGUCUGACUCUGGGUAGAAGAUGAUUGUAUCAGCCUCCCGGCUGACUCUGGGUAGAAGAUGAUUGUAUCAGCCUCCCGUCUGACUCUGGGUAGAAGAUAAUUGUAUCAGCCUCCCGUCUGACUCUGGGUAGAAGAUGAUUGUAUCAGCCUCCCGGCUGACUCUGGGUAGAAGAUGAUUGUAUCAGCCUCCCGUCUGACUCUGGGUAGAAGAUGAUUGUAUCAGCCUCCCGUCUGACUCUGGGUAGAAGAUGAUUGUAUCAGCCUCCCGUCUGACUCUGGGUAGAAGAUGAUUGUAUCAGCCUCCUGUCUGACUCUGGGUAGAAGAUGAUUGUAUCAGCCUCCCGUCUGACUCUGGGUAGAAGAUGAUUGUAUCAGCCUCCCGUCUGACUCUGGGUAGAAGAUGAUUGUAUCAGCCUCCCGUCUGACUCUGGGUAGAAGAUGAUUGUAUCAGCCUCCCGUCUGACUCUGGGUAGAAGAUGAUUGUAUCAGCCUCCAGUCUGACUCUGGGUAGAAGAUGAUUGUAUCAGCCUCCCGGCUGACUCUGGGUAGAAGAUGAUUGUAUCAGCCUCCCGUCUGACUCUGGGUAGAAGUUCCCUGUAGGAACAGAUCUAUGAUCAGUUACACAACAAUUCAGACCUUAAUCAAAUAUAAAACUGACCUUGGAUCAGUGUCUAGGGCACAGUUAAAUGAGGAGGACGGGCUUCUGGUAAUGGCUGGACCAGAAUAAUGGUAUCAAAUGUAUCGAACACAGCUUCCAUGUGUUUUGAUGCCAUUCCAAUUCCUCCGUACCAACCAUUAUUUUGAGCCGUCCUCUCCUCAGCAGCCUCCACUGGUCUAGAGGUAACUACCUCCUCUCUGCUGCAGCAGCAUUGGCUCAGAUGUUGGCAACCACUGAAUGUCCUCAAGGAGAUCUUCUAUUACAUAACAACAUGACAAAUGAAUAUCUGAGCUUCUAAUGUAGCUUCUCUUCUAAUCUAAAGCCUCAGAGGUCUGUAGCUAUGUCUCCUGUUUGGUACUGUCUCAAUCUGAAGGAGGGUUUACUUCUCACUCUGAAUGUUGUGAUGUCAUGUUGAAAACAUUGGAACAGCUAGGUCGUAUUGGCCGUUAUGAUAUGUCUAUUAUGAACUCUAUCUUGGGUGCAGAAUUGUCAGUGUAUUCCUAUGCCAAGUCCACCUCUAGUGGCUCAUCAUUUUAAACUGUUUUGCACUGGGGUUGAAUGAUACUGAAUAUUGUCAAGCUCUUCAUUGUCAUGAAAAAAAGACAAAUAAAAUGUUUUCUGGA